ACUGCAUAUAAAUAGUCAGAAGUCGUCGCUCGAGCCUUCCGAGCAGGUUACCUACCUGGGUUUUGAUAUCCGCUGCGCAGCCGCUGACCGGCCGCCGGUUAUUACCGUUCCUAAAUCGAAGGUUGCAAAACUAAAGCAGGAUAUUUCUCGCGCGCUGAAACGGACACAUAUUUCAGCUCGAGUUUUAGCUCGCAUAGCAGGACGCUGCAUCAGCAUGCUGGCGGCGGUGUUUCCUUGCAAGCUGAAGCUGCGGAACGUUUAUCGGCUUUUAAAUUCCAGGCGAUCGUGGGAAGACUUGCUGCUGUGGACGGACGAGGCAGUAGCGGACUUGCGGUGGUGGAUCGAGUCGCUGGACGGCUGGAACGGCAGGGUGCUGCUGCCGCCGGCACCGUUCGAUGUGCAGUUGAGCACGGACGCGUCGGCUUCCGGCUGGGGAGCGCUGCUCUCCGAUCCGGCGGGCAAAGCCGCUUCCGGAUUUUGGACCGUCUCGAAUCACGUGAUGCUGACGGCACAUCACAUCAGCGGCGAGUCGAACGUGCAGCCGGACGCACUAUCCCGGCUGCCGCUCCGUCACGAGUGGUACUUACACCCAGAGGUUUUCCGGCAGCUCGAUCGGAUGUUUGGGCCCCAUUCCAUCGAUCGUUUCGCAACUUGUACGACGGCGCUCCUACCCGUGUACAACAGUCGGUUCUCAGACCCGGGGACAGCAGGGGUAGAUGCGCUGGGUCAGCCGGACUGGGCCGAGCACAACAAUUUCGUAAACCCGCCUUUCAGACUGAUACCGCGCGUUCUGGACACGAUCGAAGCGUAUCGAGCCGUGGCGACGCUGAUAGCACCGUUCUGGCCGGCGCAGCCCUGGAUGGACAGGCUGAGACGCAUGAGCAUCGCCCCGCCACUGCGGCUGCCGCCGGUAGUCCGAGCAUGCGUGCCGCUGCUGCCGGGCUACGAGACGAUCGAACCACACAGGAACCCGCGCUGGAGGCUGUACGCCUGGCGGAUUUGUGGCGCACGCAACUGAGCGCGCGCGGCUGGUCGCAUACCGCUACUAGUUUAGUGACACUAUGCCUGGCAGAUUCCACGCAGCUCACGUAUAAUCGCUAUAUUCAAGACUGUCAUGAUUUUUGUGUCAAUCGUGCUGUCCGAUUUCCCCCGGAGGAUACGGCGAUUUUGGCCGAUUUUCUGCUGUCGCGGUGCAAGUCUUCAGAUAGGCCGCAUUCCACGUUGCGAUGCAUAUCCGCAGCGUUAGGAGCAGUUUAUGAGGCAUGUGGUGAAACAAACUUGCUAUCAGACUCAUAUAUUUCCCGGCUGUGCCAAGCGCUCGUCAAGUGUGGAACAGAGGUGCCAAUGAGUCGAUCCCGUGUCAUGGAUGUGUCCGCGUUCACUCGCCUGUUCCGCUCGUGGCCGUGUAAUGAUGAGUUGACGCUGAAGCAACUGCGCAUGAAAACUAUCACGCUGUUGGCCAUUGUUUUGAUGCUACGCCCGUCGGAUGUGGCUCCUAAAGCGACGUCUUU